AUGUCACUGAGUUCCUGGAGACAAUUCCAACUUUUCGAAAAUAUUCCCAUAAAAGAUCCCAAUUUUGGGGGAAAUUCCUUAUUGUACUCGGAUCCAACCCUUUGCGCAGCAGCGAUAGUGGAUCCUCAAACUUUAGUCAUAGCUGUGAAUUCGAACCUUAUAAAAGUAGUAAAGCUAAGUCAAGCACAAGUAAUUCACGAGUUUCAAUCUUUCCCUCAUGACUUUCAAAUCACUUUCCUUAAAGUCAUUGACGGUGAAUUUUUAGUAGCUUUGGGUGAAUCAAUUGGCAAACCCUCCCUAAUAAGAGUGUAUAAAUUAGAGAAAUUGCCAACUAGAGAACAAGUAUAUCAUUCGCAAGUGGAGUUGAAAAAUGGUAAUAAUACGUAUCCCAUCUCAGUUGUUUCUAUAUCGAAUGAUCUUUCAUGUAUUGUGGUUGGAUUUAUCAACGGAAAAAUCAUACUUAUUAGGGGUGACAUACCAAGAGACAGAGGAUCUCAACAAAGAAUUAUAUAUGAAGACCCGAGUAAAGAACCAAUAACAGCUUUAUUUCUUAACAAUGACGCAACUGCUUGUUUCGCAGCUACGACUUCAACUAUUCUUUUGUUCAACACCACCGGAAGAAACAAAGGUCGCCCAAAUUUGGUUUUGAAUCCUAAAAAUGGGUUAGAUCUGAACUGUGGAGCUUUCAACCCAGCAACAAACGAAUUUAUCUGUUGCUUGAGCAACUUUAUUGAAUUUUUCAACACUAGUGGAAAAAAACAUCAAUUCGCAUUUGAUCUCUCACUGAGAAAGAGAAUAUUUUGUGUAGACAAAGAUCAUAUUUUAGUUGUAACUGAAGAAACAGGUGGUCCAACUACUUCCAUAAGUGUCAAUGAACUAUCGCCCACGAUAAUCAACCGAAUAUUUAUCAUUGAUGCCAAAAAUAAAAUCAUUUCAUUAAACUUUGUUGUUUCUAGUGCAAUUAUUGAUAUAUUUUCCACCUCUCAAAACGGUAAAAAUAUAACUUACCUAUUGACCUCCGAAGGAGUAAUGCACAGGAUAGCUACAAAACCAUUAGAAAAUCAAAUUAGCAUCAUCAUCCAGAAAGAACUCUACCCAUUUGCUCUACAAUUGGCAAAACAAAAUUCAUUGCCCUCUUUAGACAUUCAGGAAAUCCACAAAAAAUAUGGUGAUUAUCUUUUCAAGAAGGGCCUCAAAAAGGAGGCAACAGAGCAAUACAUUCAGUGCUUAGAUGUUGUAGAAACUAGCGAAGUGAUUUCCAAGUUCGGUGUCAAGGAAGUUCCUGAUCCUGAAAGUAUGAAAAAUUUGGCUGAUUACCUAUGGUCUUUGAUCAAGAAUGCUAUUUCUCAACGUGACCACAUUACUCUAUUACUAAUUGUUUUGAUAAAGCUGAAAGAUGUUGAUGGAAUUGAUACUUUCAUCCAGCACUUUGAUAGAAAUGGCAACUGGAAUGAAAGCGUUGUGGUGAAUGAUAUGGAUGAUGUAACAUUCUUUUAUUCAGAUAACGAUUUUUUUGACCUAGACUUGAUCUUGGAGCUUAUGAAAGAGUCUGAUUUUAAACGCCUUUCAUACAGGCUUGCAAAAAAGUUUUCAAAAGAUUCCUUAAUCAUAGUUGAUAUUUUAACGAAUCUGUUGCAUAAUCCUAUGAAAGCUGUAAAGUAUAUAAAGAGUUUACCAAUCGAUGAAACCCUAAGAUGCCUUGUAACUUAUUCAAAGAAAUUACUAGAAGAAUUACCCAAUGAAACCAAUGCUCUACUGAUUGAAGUAUUUACAGGAAAGUUCAGACCAUCCACCUUUGAAGUAGAAUUAGACCGUAAAGACACAACAGGCGAUUUUUCCGAGAGCAUCAAAACAGUAUUUUACAGUUACAAAACUUUCUUUAGUUACAUGAAUUCCAAUGUCAAAUCGGAUACAAUAAGUGAAUCUUUUGAGUCACCUGAAGAAUAUGAAGAACCUACUUAUCAUCCACCGAAACCAUCCAUUGUUUUCAGCUCAUUCGUUUCAAAACCUUUUGAGUUUGUCGUUUUUUUAGAAGCUUGCUUGGCAUGCUACCAGCAGUACGAAGGAUUUAAUGAGGACAGACAAGUAAUUCUAACAACGUUAUAUGACUUGUAUUUAAACUUAGCCCAAGAGGAUGUGCCUGAGCGCAUAGAUGAUUGGCGUUCAAGAGCGGCUGGUGUAUUGAGCGAGAGUAACAAGUUGGUUAACUCUACUUUUAAUAAUACUGCCGAGAAAGGCGUGGAUAACUCAUUAAUGCUAUUGAUUUCUCAUAUGGAUCAAAAUAGUACUUCAGCAAAAAGUAAAACCAAAACCACUGACAUAGCAUCAUUUGCCAACGAUAAUUCUGAAAUGGAUUUAUUAGGAACGUUCAGGGCAAUGACGUUAAAUGAAGAACCAAAUACAUGCCUAGAAUUUCUAGAAAUGUAUGGAGCGGAAGAACCCAAGCUUUUACAAGUCGCAUUAAAUUACUUUGUUUCCAAUAAACUUAUCUUCAAGGAGAUGGGAGGUAACGAAGUGCUGAAAAAAAAGGUGUUAUUACCUAUUAUAGAAGGGGAAAGGAUGUCAUUGCUCGAUAUAAUCAAAACACUUUCUCGUACAAAUGUUGUUCAGUUUGGGAUGAUACAAGAUAUCAUUAUCGACCAUGUUAAAAGCGAAGAUAUAGAAAUUAAAAGAAACGAAAAAUUAAUUGAAUCUUACGAUAAAGAGCUAAAGGAGAAAAAGGAGAAGUUGAAGAAUAUCGUAAACUCUGAUCAACCUAUUCACGUACCACUGAAGAAUCAAACAUGUUUCAUGUGCAAUUUGACUUUAGACGUUCCUGUAGUAUUUUUCAAGUGUGGACAUAUCUACCAUCAACAUUGUCUAAAUGAAGAAGAGGACACUUUAAAAAACGAAAGAAAGCUUUUCAAAUGCCCCAAAUGCUUGGUGGAGUUAGAAACUUCUAACAAACUUUUUGAAGCUCAGCAAGAAGUAGUUGAGAAGAACGAUCUUUUGGAUUUUGCAUUGAACAGUGAAGAAGGUGGUAAAGAUCGCUUCAAAGUAAUAACAGAGUUUUUGGGUAGAGGAGCCAUUAGUUAUUCUGACAUCACUAUUUGA